UGUAAAUAUUGUAAUAUGUGCAAAGCAUAUACAUUAUUGCAUAUUACAAUUUUGCAAUUUCCACUUUCAAGAUAAUUCUAUUUUCAUGAUAAUAUUUUUCCCUCACUUAUGUUUACAUGUACUGACUUAUUAUUUGUCUCUGUGCCUUAUAAUUUUGAAACAGUACAGUUGCAAUAUUAUUGCUGUGCAUGAAAUGUUGUCAUUUCUCUUUAGUAAUUUAUAUUUAAAAAAUGAAAAAUGUAUACUAUAUUUUGAGAAAAUUUUAUUUUAUUAUUGCUACAUGUUAAUAAUAUAUUUUAAUAUUCAUUGCAGUGCCAUAUUUAGGAUACUACGUUCAAGCGAAUGCUUUUGAAUGAAAGGAUUAGAUCAGAAAGAAUGCUCCUAAUUUAAUGAUGUUGAUAAACAUCUGUGAAUGAAUAAUUUACAUAUUAUUUGAAACAAAAUAGACAUAUUACACAGUGCAUUACAUAAGUAAACUUGUCAGUCUAAACUUGUAAGUUGUGACCAAAUUUCAUUAUUUCUGUAAUGGCACUCAUUAUUCACAAAAGUGCCUAAGCAGUUAAAAAAUGAGAAAAUGUCUAUGGUAUUCACGUCCUAUAUUUACAUUACAUAUAUCCUAACUAAAUAAAAGUUUUAUUUCAACAUAUCUCUACGAAUCUUCUGCAAGAUGAAAAGAAAACUCUCCGUAGCUCUACUUGAAACCUACAAUCUCGCGGUGAGUGUAGUAAUGAGUUUAAUAAGCCUAACUAUCACUUGGGUUAGUAGAAUGCCAUUACAUGAAUGCAGUCUUCAGGUAGAAUGCAGAAAAUGAAUCCGAUAAUGUGCAAAACAUUUGUAUAAAAGCAACUGUCAUGUUCAACCGUUAGCAUACGCGAAAUGCUUAUGCUACCAUCAAAAUGGGUAAUAUACAUCUUAUUGGUGAUCAAUUGCACUGGCGCACGCUGGUCGCGUGUCAGCCGUCAAGCAGGAUAUUCCUAUCAGCGACCCAGUGUAUCAUUCUCGUUACCAACGGAAAGAAAUAAUCAACAAGGAUAUCCAAGUUCUCAACCUAGUUAUUCCUACCCUGCACCACCACCCCCUCCUCCUCCACCUAGUUAUUCUUAUCCUGCACCACCGCCACCACCAUCCUCCUCCCUCACCACCACCACCUCCUCCUCCUCCUCCUUCACCGAGUUAUUCCUAUCCCUGCACCACCACCCCCUCCUCCUCCACCUAGUUAUUCUUAUCCUGCACCACCGCGCAUCAUUCUCGUUACCAACGGAAAGAAAUAAUCAACAAGGAUAUCCAAGUUCUCAACCUAGUUAUUCCUACCCUGCACCACCACCCCCUCCUCCUCCACCUACAACUCCACCACCACCACCACCACCACCACCACCACCACCACCACCACCACCACCACCACCACCACCUAAAUAUAUACCACCUCCUUCGCCGCCACCACUCCCUCCUUCUCCUCCUCCUCGGCCACCGCCGCCACCUCCUACACGUCGUACAUAUCUACCUCCACCUCAGCCACAACCAUCUCCACGACCUGUACGCCCGCCUGCUACAUAUCUACCUCCGUAUAAUAAUCGACAACCAGGUGUAUCAACACCCGCACCUACUUAUUUACCACCGUAUGGACAACGAGGAACGACCGCUCAAGUAUCUGCUACAUCAAAUGCAGGUGCUUCUUCAUUUUUCCCCAGUUCUUCUGGUGGGCUUUCAGACCUUCCAACAACUGGUGUGAUAAAGUUGAGCGGACCAGCUGAUGGCUCAAGUUUCGCCUCAAGUACGGCCAGCGCUAGUGCGUCCAGCGGAACAUUCACUGGGCAACAAAACUAUCCAAGCCAAUCUUCCGUCUUUAUUCCUGCAGCCUCGACUACGAGUUAUCCGUCUUCCACAUCGGGAUAUCCCUCUGUAACGCCAGGCUAUCCCUCGGCUACCCCAGGAUAUCCUUCGUCUACGCCUUCACUUCCCUCACCUACAGCAGGAUAUCGUUAGCUCUAUGAUUGGCUCUUGAAGAUUUUUCGGUAUUUAUUGCUCAUCAAUGAAACAAAUCAGUCAUAUAUUUUAAUAUAUUUUUAUAAUCAACAAAAAAUCAAUGAUAAAUCUAUAAUAAAUAUAUACAAGCA